AUGGCAAUCCACCAAACUAUUGGUUUCCUUUUUCUCCUAGCCAUCACACCUCUAACCAUAUCCAUCCAAUACAAUUAUCAUGCAUCAUCUUCUUCUCCUCUCCUUACUAGCACAUGCAAGAAAACAGAGUAUCAAGAUUUGUGCUUGCAAGUGCUGAGUUCAGAUCCACAUAGUGCCACAGCUGAUCUCACCGCCCUAGGGAGGAUAUCGACCGAGAAAGCAGAGGAGAAUAGUAAAAGCAUUCUUGAUUAUUCGUUUAAAGCAGUAAACGAAGCGAAGGAUUAUCCUCAUUGGAGCUACAUUUCUGUUUGUUAUCAUUUGUAUAAUGAUAGCUAUUACCCAUUGGCUGAGAAAGGCCCUUUGGCAUUCAAGCGCGGAGACUACAAGGUGGUUGAAGGCCUCGUUGAUCAGAUGAGGAAGUCGGGUUCAAAAUGUUUGAGUGUUCCAACUGAACUUAAGGAGAUGAAUGAUAGAAGCAAUUUCUUGGUGAAGAUUACCACGGUUACUAUUAAUAUCUUGAACCUACUUUAA